UAACAGAUUAUUUCAUUCAUUUUAAAAGUCUUUCUUUUUUUAUGUAUACUUUUUUCAUUAAAAUAAGACAUCCAAAGUCAUAUAUUCAUAUUUAUAAAUCCCUACGCCAAUCUCAGCACAGGUGUGCCAUCACCAUCAACAACACUACGUACAAGCAAGCUAAUGAGCCUUAAUGAAUAGAAAUCAGGUGCGGGUGAUCAGGCAUUUGUCAUCAAUCCCCGUUAAAAGCAGCGAGCGGGAGCUUCGUUUGUAUGGGUGAUAGCAGGCUGUAUUUGCGGUUUAAUUCAGCAAGCAACAUGUGGUUCAGUGACACAUUAGCGCGGUUUAUUUCGGUAAUUUUCAUCGCUGAAUGUUUCUCUCGCGUUCACUAUGGUCCACACCAUCUCCGAGGCUCUUCCGUGAGCCAGCAGCUGUUGAGCACUCAGUUUCAGGCAGCGAUUCCGCAGAUUCAGCUGCCAUUAACGGACCCGGUUCCUCCGCGAGCGGUGAUCGUGUACUGCCGUGCGGAGGCAAUAGAGGUCGUGAUAAACACUGAUCUGUUAGCAGGCGGUCUGCCGGUGUUUGCCGAGGAGCUGUGGCUCGGGGCUGAAGCGUCUCCGACAUGUGGGGUUGUGCCAACUGGACCAGGAAUGCUCACUAUACUGGCUUCCCUCAAGGACUGCGGAACACAACUAUCUGUAACUGCAGACUCUCUACUAUAUUCCAAUGUAGUUGUCUACUCUCCUCUACCAUCUCCUGAUGGUGUAAUUUACACAGAUGGUACAACCAUACCUGUCCAGUGCCAAUACCAGAGGCGGUACAGUGUUGACAGUGCAGCAGUGGUACCUGCUUGGGUUCCAUUUGAUUCCUCCGUUUCAGCCACGGAUUAUCUUGACUUUAGUCUUCGGCUGAUGACAGAUGACUGGCAGUAUGAAAGGGGCUCAAAUGUCUUUUUCCUUGGAGAUGAGAUUCACCUUCAAGCGGCAGUUAGACUGGCCUAUCACUUGCCUCUGCUUGUGUUCAUUGACUGGUGUGUGGCUACACCAACUCCUGAUGUGGAUGCCAGUGAAGUCAAAUACUCCUUUAUAAGUCAUCACGGAUGUCUUGCAGAUAGCAGGAGUCCAAACUCUAACUCCAUGUUCUUGCGACGGACCGAAGGAAAUCAUCUAAACUUACAACUGGAUGCCUUCAGGUUCCACAAGUUUACAGGCAAUUUGGUCUACAUCCAUUGUCACAUGAAGGCCAUCCCUGCUGCAUAUUUGCUUGAUGCUAAUAAUCGGGCUUGUUCUUUCAUUGACCAAAGGUGGCGGUCGGUGGAUGGAAAUGAUGAGGUAUGUAACUCCUGUGAGCAGUCCAAACCAGUUGUGUCUGAACCAGAGCAGCUCUUCCACCUUGCACUGACCUCUCCAGUCAAGCAGCCUAAUUUGGCCCCCAAACCAGGGCCUGCUGGUUUCUUUAAUGUGAGACCAGGUCAGUCUGUGGAACCUUUUAAAGCUCUCAUACAGUCAAAGUCAUCUGCCUUUGGUGGUCUGUCGAAGAGAGGAACUGACUCCAACAAAGAGUGGAUGAAGACUGCAACCUUGGGUCCUCUGUUUCUGAACCCAAAGCAAGAAACCAGUGUCCAGUCAGCUGAACGCCCCCAGUUUGGCUUGGACAAUGUCUUCGCUGCAUCUUUCGCUGACAAGCCAAAAGUCUUCAACUUCACUGAGAUGAGACCUGUGGAGGAUGAGCUGAAGCUGGAAUCGCCUCCAAGGUUUAAGAGCUUCAGUCCGUUACAGAAGAGCACAUUUAAUAUUUCUGACCUUUUCACCUUGGAGGGAAGCGGGUUUGAGUAAUGACCCCCCCCCUUUUUUGGGAAAGUUUAAGGAUUAAGUGUAAUGUGACAGUGCUCUUUCUAAAAAUAAAAGUUUUAAAGUCUC